AUGACCACGAGACUCGAGCGUUUUUUGAACUCGAGUGUUUUCUUCUUCUUUGCUCUCGUUCUCUUCUGCCUUAUCCUCCUCACUCCGGCCGAUGCCAUCUACCAGUGCUACGAGACCCAGCGACUCACCAAUGUUUUCUUCAUCACCGGCGCCUAUGUAGUCACCUUCCUGCUGGUGGUCCUCAUCUAUGCGACCCGCAUCUACACCAACCGAAGCACACUUUCCGGCAUCCCCAAAGCCUGGAUCCCCGUGGAGAAGGAAGAUGUGAAUAAGAGCGUCCGACGGCUGGUGAUGGAGGGACUCGCUCGCAGCGCAGUUGUCUCGUACCAGGCCCGCCCCCGAGACACUGAAGCCGAGGGGGAGAGUUUCCAGAACCAUAAAACGCUGCUCAUCAAUUCCCAACACCCGCCCUGGGGCCGCGUUGAGCACCCGGGCUGGUCGUCACCGGCAUGCCCCGACUUGCCCGAUUUGCCGUAUCGGACGGUGAUCCAGGAACUGCCGAAUCUAAUCGAAGCCAAAGCCGUCUCCCUUGCCCCUCCCGACAUAAUACCUUCUCCGCACCUGGAUCCCUUCCCCCCAUCCGGCGACUCUACCACCCAGUCCCUACCCGACAUGCGCGUGGUCGAGGUGCUGCAGCGACCGGCCUCGAUGGGCCUACGAGAAUACAUCCGACACCUAACAUCUUUGCAUGCGAUCAAUCCGCCCGAACUCGGUGCAGAAUUUCUGGCGCUCUAUGAGCACGCGCGGUUCUCGUCACGCGAGCUACACGAAACCGAGUUCCGCGAGCUGAUGCACCUUUUCGCCGAAAUCCUGCGAGGGAUGACGACCCUGGCCCCACCGGUCCUGAAUGAGAUCCGCGACAGCGCAAGCUACUACCGCGCCGAUAGCGAGUCGGCGAUCGGGCCCUCAGACGAAGAAGGAGAGACGGACACCGUGGAGCAUUUCGGGUUCGACGAGAAUCUGACCUCCAUGCGCAGUAAUAGUCUUCGUCCAUCUAAUGCGUCGACGUGGGAGACUCAAUCGGGGUACGACACCGCGCCAGCGACGCAAAGUCCUGUCUCAGGUAUGUCGACAGGCGGCGGCUCCUACUGGGCGCGCGGUCUACUGCGCACGCCCUCGACCAGGUCGCUGCACCGAGUCCCGUCGAGUCGGUCUGGGAGUUCGGGCGGGAGUGUGAUUCAUUUGACGCAGCCGCGCGACCCGGCUGACCUGCCUUACACGAUUGACUACGCUGGCCGUAGGAUGUGA